UCUUCCCCUUCUCCCCCCCAACUCCUCCCAUGGCUCAAAACUACUCCUAAACCCUAACCCUAACUCUCCCUCCUCCUCCAAUGGUCCGCGCAAUUCACAAUCCCAUACCCUAAACCCUAACCCGCAGCCCCUUUCCCAUGCCCCUCGUCUUCUCGUCUUCGUCCUCCUCGCGCACUUCCCCCAUUUUCUUCUUCUCCUUCGUCCUCCACCGCCUCCUCUCCUCGUCGGCGGCGGCGGCGACGGCGACGGCGACGGCGCCUCCGCCAGCGUCGCCGCCGAAGCUGAAGAACCUGUGCUACCGCCACCGCGCCCGCGCCCUCGCCGAGGCCCGCUCCGCGCUGACCGAGUACCUGCACUCGACCCGCUCCCUCCCCUUCACCCACGCCGAGCUCAUCGCCUCCCACUCGCCCUUCUCCCUCUCCUCCCUCCUCUCCUCCGUCCCCUUCCCCCCCUCCUCCNUCCCCCCCUCCGACCUCCCCCGCACCCUCCGCCGCUUCCUCUCCUUCCGCCCCGUCAACGAGUUCGACUUCUUCUUCGAGUCCAUCGGCCUCAACCCUAACCCUAGCCCCAAUUCCCUCUUCCUCUCCGACGACCCUCCCCUCCUCGCCGCCGUCACCGCCCUCGCCAGCUUCGGCUUCCCCUGGACCAGCCUCGGCCUCCUCUACGGCUCCGCCGUGCUCCGCGCCGACCCCGCCCGCCUCAUCGCCCGCCUCCGCUCCCUCGAGGCCCGCCUCGGCCCCCUCCGCCGCGUCUUCCUCAUCGCCGCCUGCCUCGCCUUCCCCUCCGCCCUCGCCGUCGACUCCGUCCCCGGGGACGACGUCGACCUCCUCUUCCGCGACCUCAAGACGGUAUUCGUCGACUUCGGUCUCGCCGCCUCUGCCCACAAUGACGUCGAUGCCUUCCUCCAGAUCUGCAGAAGAAUUCGCAUGUUCUACGAUUCGGGGUCCCCGCACGGAUCGAUGGGCGAGCUGAUGGGAAAGAACCCUAGGGUCUUUCUCGAGUUCGACGAAUCAUUGUUGGCUCAAAAAUUAAAUUUUUUUGCUAGAUUAGGCAUGAAGAGGGAGGAGAUUGGGAAAUUUCUCCUGGAAAACCCUAAAUUCUUUGAUUUUGAUCUCGAGAAUCCGGCCAUUUCUAUGCCGGGAUAUCUGCAUUGUCUCAGAUUAAGCCCUGAGCAAGUUGCUGAAUUGUCUGAAAGCUAUCCCUAUGUAAUGGGUAGGAACAAAUUGGGCAAUUUGCCUGGUUCGAUGAGAGCUAUGGGUCUAGCUGGGUGGCUUCUCGGCAAGAUUGUCGAGGGGAAUCAUCACUACCUCUCGUCUGAAUUCGUCUCUGCUACUUCGCAUGUCAAAAAGUUUGAGUGUGAUUUCGUAAAAGGCAUAGAAAAGAUAAAAUCCGAGAAAAAGGAGCAGUUUGUGGAUAAUAAGGUGGAGUUCUUACUCGGUAUCGGGCUUGGACGGAAUAAGAUUACGGCGCGAGCAGUCGCUGUGCUAAACGGCGCGAAGGAUCAGUUGGAUGAACGAUUCGAUCGCCUUCUUGAAAUAGGGUUUGAAUACCCUAUGCUUUGUAGAAUGAUAAGCGCGAGUCCGAAAAUACUUAAUCAGAGCAAAGAAAUGCUCCAAGAGAAGAUUAAUUUCCUCUGCAACGACUUGAGCUAUUCUCUGGAAUACCUUGAUAGUUUCCCGGCCUUUUUGUGCUUCGAUUUGGAGAAUAGGAUUAAGCCCCGAUAUAGGAUACUUAAUUGGCUUCAAGAAAUUGGCUUGCUCAAGAAGCCCUUUGCUCCAGCGACCGUCCUUGCUAAUUCGGAGAAGAGGUUCAUGUUCAACCUCUAUAGUGUUCAUCCUGCUGCUCCUAAGCAAUGGUUGGAGUGCUUUUCUUCUAGAAGCCAUAGCGAGUAUUACAGGAAAAAUUUAUUUUCUCCUCGGCCGGAAAGAAGUUGUUAGGUGGUUUAAAUUUCUUGGAGUUGCUCAUGCUUCAUAAAGGGUUGGCACUCUAAUUGCCAAGCCAAUGCCUGCGGGAUCUUUUGACUUUCCCACCAUAAAGGCUAGAGGAAAGCAGACAGAAGAGAUAGCGGAAAGGACUCUUGGGUAACUGCAAUGCCGCGAGCAGCAAAUCAUUCUGUCGAGGGAGGUAGGGAACUUGAAUCUUCGAAAGGAUUCAAGUGCUUGAUGGUGUUUUCCUCACUUCUAUGACCACAUUAGAGCUCAACUAUCAAACACCAACAUCGUUAUAUGGUAUAGAAGAUGUUGUAACAGAAGUGAUCUUGGGAGAGCUCCUUCAAGACCAACCUUUAUUGUGUUGGCUCAAUGGACUAAUCUACUUGAAGGGCUUUUUUUGCAAAUAGCCCCCUGACAAAUUUUAUUUGCAAAACUAGUCCCGUCCAAAAAUUAUUUGCAAAAAUGGCCCUGCCCCU